CUGCCCACUGAGCCUCACUUCCGGUCACGUGAAGACCGCUUCGCCCAAUGAGAGGUAGUAGAAGGCGGAGGCGAGGGUUCCGUUUCAUCGCUAUGGCAACCGUCGUCCUGUGAAUCAACCAUCCUUCUCGUCUUCACUUAGGACGGGCAGCUCGUCAUGGCAGAGCUGGGUCUCAAUGAACACCACCAGAAUGAAGUAAUUAACUACAUGCGAUUUGCACGCUCUAAGCGUGGCCUGCGUCUCAAGACAGUGGACUCUUGUUUUCAGGAUCUUAAGGACAGCAGGCUUGUGGAAGAGACCUUCACAAUAGAUGAAGUGUCAGAUAUGCUGGAUGGCUUGCAGACUGUGGUACACAGUGAAGUUGAGUCAGAACUUAUUAAUACAGCAUACACAAAUGUGUUACUCCUGCGCCAGAUCUUUUCCCAAGCUGAGAAGUGGUAUCUUAAACUGCAGACUGACAUUUCUGAGCUGGAAAACAGGAAUUUAUUAGAACAAGUUGCAGAGUUUGAAAAGGCAGAAUUUGUAUCUUCAAAUAAGAAGCCCAAUCCUGAGCAGGUUAAACCUAAACUCACUCCACUGCAUGAGGGAGGAUCAGACUUGCUACACAAGGAAAUUGCAAGACUUCAAGAAGAAAAUGAGAAACUGAAGACUAGAUUAAAGACUGUAGAAGUGCAGGCUACGAGUGCAUUGGAUGAAAAAUCAAAGCUAGAGAGGGCUCUGCGGGAUCUACAGCUAGUUCAAGAAGAUCAAAAGAUUGACACAACUCAGGAUAUUAGUGAACUAGAAAAUACCGUAGCUGCUCUGAAGUGCCAGUUUGAAAAAACUUUGAAUGACAGUACUGCAAACCAAAAGUCCUUGGAAGAGAAUCUGGUGUCAACAAAGCAUGAGCUUCUUAAGGUUCAGGACCAACUAGCUAUGGCAGAAAAGGAAUUGGAAAAGAAGUUCCAACAAACAGCUGCCUACCGCAAUAUGAAAGAGAUUCUUACAAAGAAGAAUGAACAAAUAAAGGAGUUACGAAAGAAGCUUUCAAAUUAUGAGCCAGAUGACUAAGAUAUGAAGAGUAUUCUGUCAAAAAGCUGCCACAAAAGAAUUUUAAAUGGGAUCAGUUUUCCCAUGUAUUGCAACUUUGUUUUCUAAUGAGUUCAUUUCCUGUUUUAAAACUAUAUUUUAUUUUUAGAAAGCAGUUAUUGAGAAUUUAAAGAUAAGAAAGACGUAGUCUUGUUUCUCUGUUUAUGCCUUUUUGAAUAGUUACUUUGUGCACUGCUCCAAAACUUGCAAGUGGAAAGUGAUUACCUAGUUUUUCUGUAGAGAGUUUUAUUUUUUUAAGUGAAUGAUUAAAUGCUAAGGUGCAAAGAGUUAAUUCCAUGAGAUUUAAACAUGGGGGUUUUUUACAUUUACAGUAGCAGCAGCAGAGUCACCAAGCUGAUUCUGUACUAUAGUUCAUUAAUUUUUGUUAUCCAAUAUAAGCAUUAUUGGCUCAGUAAUUUUCAGUAGAAGAUCUGCAUUAAAAAAAGGGAAGUCUAUUUGCUGAGUAUAAGACGUAGAAAACUGUUUACUGGUUAAGUAACAUUAGUACUCAAAUCUUGAGUCUUACAUUUUGAAUUCAAUUUAAAAACUUUUUUUAAGUUACGAGGCUCAAAUUCCUAAUGUAGCCUGCUGCACAUCUUUCAUGGAUUUCACACAGCAAUUUACACACAAUCUCUGAUCAAGCCACCAUGAAAAGAAGAGGGAAUGCCCAGCGGCCAUUCUAGCUGGAUUCCUCCCAUAUGUUUUAGCAAUAUACAACAGCAUUCUAAAAGAUCAUAGAAUUAUGUGUUUUGUUCCAGGUUCACUAAGUGGGCUAUAAAGGUCAACUUUUCUGUAGGAUUUACUUAACUUUUUCUUUUUAUGGUAGUGAUGCCAUUACUUACGCCACACUUUCAGUGUACAUUUCUGUAUUCCAGCCUCUUUGGUUCUGUGUAUCUGCUAGUGUGUGUUAUUAUAUGUUUUGUCUAUUAUAUAUUGGCAUAUAUGUUUUAA